UUCUGCCCUGAAAGCUCGAUUAUUCCUCGCUGCAAGUUUAUACCCAUACCGUGGAAUAACAUAUAUAGACUCCAAAAAAAAGACACAGACCAUGAUCGAGGGUGUCAUCAGGGAAGGCCUCAAGUUGGGCACAAAGAACCACUACUUGGACGGUAUCCCUGCAUUGUACAAGGCGGCAGACUUAUUCGCCCAUUUCAAUCUGGAAGAUGCCUUGUACAAUACUCCUUCGCAACGAGUCGCCAUCGGUCUCCUAUUGCGAGACAAGAACGUCCAUAAUGUGCACAGUGGCUCACAUUGGUCAAGUUCGUUGUUAUUUGUCUUGGUAACACAGCUGGUUUCGUUGUCAGAUGAUGCUGCAACACAGCUUGUUAAUGGCUUCAACCAUUUUAUUCAGCGAGUACAAGAGCUAGGACUGGAUAAAGCCGUAGAUGCCCCACCGCUCGUGAAUGGCCGCGAAGUGCUUGCAGUCAUGAAUGCGAAACCAGGACCAUGGACCAGGACCGUGCUCGAUCGCGUCGUUGAAUGGCAGCUGGAACAUCCGGAUGGCUCCAAGAACGAAUGCAUAAAAUGGCUUGCAGAGGAACGUGACGCUGGGCGACUAGCCGUCGGCGAUCAUCAGGGCGCUGGCAUGGGUAGUAAGAGGGGUAAAAACAAUGCGGAGGAAGGAUCGCCAAAGAAGGCGAAACGAUGACCGAGCUUCUUCCAGUGGUAUCCGAUAGACCAAUGGUAUAAGUCAAGUAAUAUAAUUACAAUCGGGGACUUAAGACAAAAUGCUCGUCACUAGUAGUAUAAAACAAUCCG